CACAUAAAUGGUCCCCUCAUUAUGGAUGAUGUUACAAUUCUGUCUAUUUUCUUUUAAGUUUGCCAUAAGAUAGCGUCCACCGGCUUUCUUUUUACUAUGUGUCAUAUAACUACGCACCGCCAUUUAGUCUUCCGGGGUUAAAAUCCAUCCACCGGUCAUCCACCGCAUCCUCCUUCUUCCAGUUCCUUCCAUGUACUUCCUCCCUUCGAAUUCUUUCAACCAAAUAUCCUCAAUCUCCUUUUCCUAUUUUUAAUUCGCUUCAAUCCAGUCAUCGGUUUUGAUUUUAUGAACAAACACACAGUCACUAAAUGAGUUUAAAUCCACAGUCGUUUCAAAUCGGUUAUAUACCUCGAGCAAUAAGCCCUAUCGAUUGUUGCGUGUGGAUGGGCAACUCAAAGCCGACGUGUAUUCGGUUACCCAUCGUAUCCUGUUACCGCCUUUGCAAAACUCACUGUCUCUCUCAACGCAUCGACAUCCAAGAAUCACUGGAGAGUGCAGCCUUGAUUUUGGAUAAGUUUUUUAUCACCAUCAACAACGCGCAAGAAGAUCAACAACCGUUGUCACUGCAAUUCCUAUUCUAUUGUCUGCGUCUCAUUGAUCUUGCGUUUUCCGAUCAAAUUGGGGAUUUUCUUUUCUUAUCAGACCCUUGA